AUGAAGCCUUCCGCCAUUCUUCUUGGCCUUGUCGCCGCCGCCAGUGGCUCAUCCUUUCACCGAAACUACGAAAGAAACGACUACUAUGUUCUCGAGCUGGAUUCGCGUUCAUCCCCCGAUCAGGUCGCAAACCGCUUGGGCCUGAGGUACGAGGGUACACUUGGCAGUCUGGAUGAGCACCACCUCUUCUCCGCCAGGAAGGUUGCGCACGACAUCGUCAAGCCUGCCCUGCAGGAGCGCAAGUUGAGGAAACGCUCCAUGGGUGGAUUCGACGUCCUCGACGGCGUGGGUCUGGCGCAGAAGCAGUACCUUCGACGGCCCAUGGAAAAGAGGGUUCCUCCGCGCACACAUGGUCCCUCCAAUUAUGUUCGCCAGGAGCAACCGGAUCCCAAGAUGGUCGCCCAGAUGAACGACUUAAUGCAGACGCUCGGAAUCGCCGAUCCCAUCUUCAACGAGCAGUGGCACCUGCUCAACACCAUUCAGCCGGGCCACGACAUCAACGUCGCCGGUGUUUGGAAGCAGGGUAUCACUGGCAAGAACGCAACCGUUGCUAUUGUCGACGACGGGCUCGAUAUGUACAGCGACGACUUGAAGCCCAACUACUACGCCGCCGGCUCCUACGACUUUAACGACCACCGGGAAGAGCCCAAACCCACUCUGAGCGACGACAAGCACGGCACCCGUUGCGCUGGUGAAGUAUCCGCGGCGAGGAACAACAUCUGCGGUGUUGGCGUGGCUUACGAAUCCAAGAUCGCUGGCAUUCGUAUCCUCAGCAAACUCAUCUCCGAUGCCGAUGAGGCUGUUGCCAUGACCUACGACUACCAGCACAAUGACAUCUACUCUUGCUCUUGGGGCCCCCCCGAUGACGGUCGAUCAAUGGACGCUCCCGGUAUCCUGAUCAAGCGCGCCAUGCUCAAGGGUAUCCAGCAGGGCCGUGGUGGCAAGGGAUCCAUCUACGUUUUCGCCAGCGGUAACGGCGCCGCCAACGACGACAAUUGCAACUUUGACGGCUACACCAACUCCAUCUACAGUAUCACCGUCGGUGCCAUCGACAGGAAGGGCCAGCACCCGUACUACUCGGAGAAGUGCUCUGCCCAACUGGUCGUCACUUACAGCAGCGGCAGCGGAGACGCCAUCCACACUACUGACGUUGGCCAAAACGCCUGCUACAACGGCCACGGAGGCACUUCUGCUGCCGCCCCCUUGGGCGCUGGUGUGUACGCUUUGGUCCUCGACACGCGCCCCGACUUGACCUGGAGAGACAUGCAAUGGCUCGCCAUGGACACUGCCGUUCCCAUCGACGAAGCCAAUGGCGAAUGGAUGCCGACCAAGAUUGGAAAGAAGUUUAGCCACACGUAUGGCUACGGCAAGAUCGAUGCGCUCAAGAUGGUCGAGGCAGCCAAGACAUGGAAGAAUGUGAAGCCGCAGGCGUGGUACUAUUCGCCCUGGAUCCACGUCAACAAGGACAUCCCGCAGGGCAAGGAUGGUAUCGCGGUCAGCGUCGACGUGACUGCCGAUGCGCUGAAGCAGGCCAAUCUCGAGAGGGUUGAGCAUGUGACAGUCACCAUGAACGUGAACCACACACGCAGAGGUGAUUUGAGUGUUGACUUGGUCAGUCCCGACGGUGUUACCAGCCAUCUGUCUGUCACCCGCAAGAUGGACUCAGCCAACGCUGGUUACGUUGACUGGACCUUUAUGAGCGUUGCCCAUUGGGGCGAGUCUGGUAUCGGCAAGUGGACAGUCAUUGUCAAGGACUCGAAGGAAAACGAGCACAAGGGCACGUUCGUCGACUGGCAUCUGAAGCUCUGGGGCGAGUCCCUGGAUGCGAGCAAAGCGACGCUUCUUCCCAUGCCGACGGAAGGGGACGACAAUGACCACGCUCUUGUUGCAACGACGACACUGCCGGCUGCCGUCACGACGAUGACGCAUCCUCCCGAGAACACAGCGCCGGCUUCUAAUCCCACGGACCACCCUGAGCGUCCCACCAAGGUUAAGCCCAGUGGAGGCGAGGGGGCAACGGCCACGGAGACAGGCAAGCCGACAGACACUCAAGAGACGCAGCCUGCGGCCACGACAAGCAGCGCGUCCAACUGGGUGUCCUGGCUGCCAUCUUUUGGCAAGGCUGGAGUGUGGGUCUACGGGGCCAUUGGCCUCAUUGCCGUGUUCUGCUCUGCUCUUGGGAUCUGGUUCUUCAUUCGGAAGCGUCGCAAUAGCAAGCCCCGGGACAACUACGAAUUUGAGCUGCUUAACGAGGACGAAGCCGAGGGUCUGAACGGCGAGAAGCGUACGCGGGGCCGUGAGCUCUACGACGCGUUUGCCGGGGACGACGAGGACGACGAGGACGAGACGGGCGCAUACCACGACAGCCGGGAGCGCUCAAGAGAGGGGAGCGGCGACCGAGAGACGGACAGGUUAACCGAAAAAUAA